CUUUCGCCCGAGAUCAUGGCCCAUCGGUUGCGGUUUCAUUUUGGCUCAGGACGAAGCAACACGGCCCCUGAACUGGAGAUCCUAGACCACGAGAGGGAAGAUAAUGACGACUUUUUCAUGGCAUUCCACACUUUGCCAAGAAGGAAUGGGCCUCACCCUUUCUCCAGGCGCAGAGUUGAUUGCGAAGAUGGCAGUGGCCGUUUGCAGGAAGGUAACUCCUUGAAAAGAAGCACGUCCAUGUUUAUCCCACAGCUUCUGAGCAGCAUUGAUGCGCGUCCCAUGAGGAGCUCAUCCGUGCAGAUCUCCCUUCAGCGCAACGCUGUAGAUGGACAUGCUGAUGGAUGUGGGUCUCCUCCAGAGGAGUCAUGUAACUUUUCUGAUCUAGGAGAGCGCUGUACAUCUCUUGAUGGAAGCCAUUCUUCUCCAAGUAGUUCACAGGUAACUCCAGAGAAUUCUCCACCUCGGGAACUGGAGAGCAUGGGCCGUGAGGUUAAUGGAGGACCUUCUAACCACACAAUAUUUUGUACAAUACCUUCUAACAACUGGAAUAACAAGGGUGCAGCCAGUGGUCAAGAUGAGGACACAAACAAACCGGCGCUGGAUUUAAACAUUAGUGGGGUAAGGAUUCAGCAUCGAGCUUCAAGUGUGGAUAUGCCUCAUGUUACGCUGAUGCCAUUUGGUCCAGAGACCCAAAAUAAUGCUCCUUCCUCAGAACCCAGACGCUGGUCUCUGCAACACCUGCCAGAUGGGUCAGUCAAUUCUGGGAAAAAGUUAUUUGUUUUUCAGUUACAGCAGUCUCAGUCAAAUAGUGCAGGAGCAGAUUAUAAUUUUGGUUUUACCGGAACAAAAGGUGACAGGCUGGUCCGGUACCCACGGAUACGCCUGGAGAGGAGCACCUCAUACCCAGUUCAGCCGCAGGCAGAGCGCAUUAGCCCCAUGGAAGAAGAUGGCAUGAAUUCGGUACAUUGUGCAAAUGACCAGCAUGGCCCCGAAAUGUCCAGAAGCAAUUCAAUUGAGCGGGUUUCCCCAGGGCAAGGAUGCACAUUUAAAAUUUGUCCGGAUCAAAACUCAAGGCAGCAACAUUUCAGAAUUCUUGUAACUCAUGGGACUAAUGAGAAAAAUCAACCUUGUGGGCAAGAAAAUUCUAACACAGCUGCUCCAGUGGCAGCCAACUCAUCAACCAGAGACGACUUUCUGGGUCAAGUGGAUGUGCCACUUAAUCAUCUUCCGACUGAAGACCCAACUAUGGAAAGGCCUUAUACGUUUAAAGAUUUCCUUCUCAAGCCAAGAAGUCACAAAUCUCGAGUAAAAGGGUUUUUGAGGCUGAAGAUGGCUUACAUGCCAAAAAAUGGUGGUCAAGAGGAUGACAGUGAUCAGAGAGAAGAUUCAGAGCAUGGCUGGGAAGUGGUAGACUCCGGAGAUUCCCCCUCUCAGCGCCAGGAAGAAUUACCCCCACCUCCCUUACCUCCUGGAUGGGAAGAAAAAGUGGACAACCUUGGGCGCACCUACUAUGUCAAUCAUAAUAACAGAACGACACAGUGGCACCGACCAAGUUUAAUGGAUGUGGCUUCUGAAUCUGACAACAACAUCAGGCAGAUAAAUCAAGAGGCUGCCCACCGACGGUUUCGAUCAAGGCGGCACAUUAGUGAGGAUUUGGAUCCUGAACCUUUGGAGAGUGGAGAUGUCCCUGAACCUUGGGAAACCAUUUCUGAAGAAGUGAACACAACUGGUGAUUCCUUAAGCCUGUCCUUGCCACCCCCACCUGCUUCCCCUGUCUCUCGGACCAGCCCUCAGGAGUUCUCUGAGGAAUUGAACAGAAGACUUCAGAUCACUCCUGACUCAAAUGGGGAACAACUCUCUUCUAUGAUUCAAAGAGAUCCUUCUGCAAGGUUGCGAUCUUGUAGUGUAACUGAUGCAGUUGCUGAUCAGUCCCAUUUAUCGCUGCCAAGUGGCCCAUCUAGGAGAGUUCGUUCUUCCACUGUCACUGGGGGUGAAGAGUCAACGCCAUCAGUGGCCUAUGUUCAUACUACACCGGGCUUACCUUCAGGCUGGGAAGAGAGGAAAGAUACUAAGGGACGUACUUAUUAUGUCAAUCAUAACAAUCGCACUACAACUUGGACUCGGCCUAUCAUGCAGCUUGCUGAAGAUGGUGCUUCUGGGUCAGCAUCAAACAGUAACAACCAUCUAAGCGAGCCUCAGAUAAGACGGCCUCGUAGCCUCAGUUCUCCCACAGUUACAUUAUCUGCACCACUUGAGGGACUUCUCAAGGACUCUCCUGUGCGAAGAGCUGUGAAGGACACCCUUUCCAAUCCACAGUCUCCUCAGCCAUCUCCAUAUAAUUCUCCAAAACCACAGCAUAAAUUGACACAAAGCUUCUUACCUCCUGGCUGGGAGAUGCGAAUAGCACCUAAUGGCAGACCCUUUUUCAUUGAUCACAACACCAAGACCACUACAUGGGAAGAUCCCCGACUGAAAUUUCCAGUACACUUGCGGUCAAAAGCGGCUUUAAACCCAAACGACUUGGGGCCCCUUCCUCCUGGUUGGGAGGAAAGGAUUCAUUUGGAUGGAAGAACAUUUUAUAUAGAUCAUAAUAAUAAAAUUACCCAGUGGGAAGACCCCAGACUGCAGAAUCCUGCUAUUACAGGUCCAGCUGUUCCAUAUUCCAGGGAGUUUAAACAGAAGUAUGACUACUUCAGGAAGAAGUUAAAGAAACCAGCCGAUAUACCAAACAGAUUUGAGAUGAAACUCCACAGAAAUAAUAUUUUUGAAGAAUCGUAUAGAAGAAUCAUGUCAGUGAAGAGACCUGACGUAUUAAAAGCCAGACUCUGGAUAGAAUUUGAAUCAGAAAAAGGCCUUGACUACGGAGGAGUGGCCAGAGAAUGGUUCUUCCUGUUGUCCAAAGAAAUGUUUAACCCCUACUAUGGCCUCUUCGAAUAUUCAGCAACGGACAACUACACGCUUCAGAUCAAUCCUAAUUCUGGACUUUGUAAUGAAGACCAUUUGUCUUAUUUCACCUUUAUUGGUCGUGUUGCUGGAUUGGCUGUAUAUCAUGGGAAGCUUUUAGAUGGUUUCUUCAUUAGGCCCUUUUAUAAGAUGAUGCUGGGAAAACCAAUAACCCUAAAAGACAUGGAGUCUGUGGAUAGUGAAUAUUAUAAUUCCCUGAAAUGGAUUCUGGAAAAUGACCCUACAGAACUGGAUCUUAUGUUUUGCAUAGAUGAAGAAAACUUUGGGCAGACAUAUCAAGUUGACUUGAAGCCAAAUGGGUCAGAAAUCAUGGUCACAAAUGAAAAUAAAAGAGAAUAUAUAGACCUAGUCAUCCAGUGGAGAUUUGUCAACCGGGUUCAAAAGCAGAUGAAUGCAUUUCUUGAGGGUUUUACAGAACUCCUGCCCACUGACUUAAUUAAAAUUUUUGAUGAAAAUGAACUAGAGUUGCUAAUGUGCGGCCUUGGCGAUGUUGAUGUGAAUGACUGGAGACAACAUGCGAUCUACAAGAAUGGAUAUUGUCCAAACCAUCCUGUCAUUCAGUGGUUUUGGAAGGCUGUUUUACUGAUGGAUGCUGAGAAACGUAUCCGGCUUUUGCAAUUUGUAACUGGGACAUCACGAGUGCCUAUGAAUGGAUUUGCUGAACUUUAUGGUUCAAAUGGUCCUCAGCUGUUUACAAUAGAGCAAUGGGGAAGCCCUGAUAAGUUACCCAGAGCUCACACAUGCUUUAAUCGCCUUGACUUACCUCCGUAUGAAUCCUUUGAAGAACUGCGAGAGAAGCUCCUUAUGGCCGUUGAAAAUGCUCAAGGAUUUGAAGGAGUGGAUUAAGUUGGUGGCUGCUCCUGCUUAUUAUGAUUGUUAUUAUGAUUGUUAUAUUAUUAUUAUUAAAACAAAGAUUCGGUUCUCGGAGCAAGUUCUGGAAGCACUUUUUGAUUUGCCAGGCAGACCUUUGCAGGAGAUGGAGCAGAACAAUUGCACCGUGGAUGGUUCAUGGAGCAAGGAGCUUCUGUCCAGUGCCGAUGUCUAAAUCCAGCAAUGGGAAAUAACUUUCUUUCACUUGUGGAUAGCAUUUCUGAAAUUUCCACAACAAAUUUACCAACUGGUUGAUGUAUUCUCUAAUGACAUUUCAGCAGGACUUGUCUAUUUAUGUUGUGCCUCUGUAGGCAAAAGCCCUUAAUAAAUGUUUUACAUACUUUCUAAUGGCAAUGAAUGGAAUUAAUCAUUUUACAGGUAUAGUAUUACAGUUCACGUUUACUUUGGAACAAUGAUUUUCAAGUUUUAUUUCCCUGCAAUUAAAAAACAAUAAUGUACUGGAAGAAUGAA